AUUUUUUGCCGCCGCAUUCCACCCCUUUACCUUCUUUAUCCCUAAGCAUUCCCCCCUCUACUGCCCCGAUGAGCUCUUCUUCAUCCUGUAAGAGGAAAGAGGAAGGAAGAAUGAAUCUGCGCUUCUUUUGUUGUCUUCUCUUCUUCAUCCUGGAAGAUGACGCGAAGGGCAUAGGGGCAUUUAGGGUGUCGAUUAGGGAUUCCGUUCUGGUCGUCGUCUCCUCCUCCUCCUCCUUAUCAUCUUCAUCAACAAAUCCAUCAAUUCGUCCUCACCGUCGCGGCCGACGAGCAUGCAGAGGAGAGACCCCAGUCGGUUACAGGCCAGGGAGUCACCAACGAGGCAAGGUGCUUGUGGUUAAACCAUAAAACCCUAACAUUAUCACAUCCGCGUCUGCAGGCCAGAAAUAAUGCACCUAAAUUGUGGCUCAGCCGACGCCAAUGUACACGAUUUUCUACCACGGCAUUUGGCAAAUGCUCAAAGGAGCCAAAAGUUCCCACAACGCCAUGACGCUCGCCCUUCCAGUCGCGCUUGGCUCUCUACUCAUUGGUGCAACCCCAGUAAGGUUCAAACAAACCCAAGCGUCGGUAGCUGCACUUGGGAUCCAGUCUCCGUCUUCUCCUCUUUCGCCUCCGUCGACUGGGUGAAGGUCACCGACGGCGAGUUCUUCCAAACUGACUCCAGGUCGAUCAUGCCCUUCGACGGCGUGUGCAAUUUGUGCAACAGUGGAGUCAGAUUUGUUCGCGACAAUGAUCGCAACAGGUCUCAUGGUCCUCUCCGUUUUCUUCUUCGUUUUCCCCCUUUUCUUAGAUGGAACGAGGCGCUUCAGAGUGAAUCUGGUAGGAAACUUCUGCAAAGAUCGGGAGAUCAUCCGACGAUAUUUCCAGUGUAGUACUUGUCGAAAAAGACAGGUUGUCAAUGCUAUAAAGUCCCAGCCGAAGCUUCUUAGCAAAAUUGAUGAAGUGGUCUCUCAUUUCCUGAAUAUAGUGCAAACUAUGCAUGAACGAUGCAACUCUUCUUUAGAGGCUCAUGGAGCAUGGUUUCCUCCUUGGCUUGCUACUCACGCCAAUUACUAUAAGGAACUUGCAACAACUCACUGGAAGGAGCAUGGACAACCUGUACUAGAUGUCUUACUUCAAAAGGUAUCAGAGAAAUCGAUUCAAGCACAACAAUUUAUGGAACCACAUUUUGAAUCUUCCAAAGUUAAAUGGAUGUUUCUUGUGUCAAUCACUGAACCUUAUGUGCAAACUGUGUCAAGUAAAGCAGUGGAAGUUUAUCACACAUCUAAGAGUGCCAUGUCCAGCCACAUAGCCAAAGUACAAAGAAAUUUCAGAUCCUUAUUUCCAGGCUGCCAAGAGAUUUUCUCAACCAUAUGUAAAACAAUUUGCUACUAUUACCAAACCACAUGUUGAAAAGGUGCGAGUUGCUUUUAGUCCCUAUAGUGACUGUGAUUCAUGCUAAUGGAAAAUUUCUUGAAUCAGCCAUAACUUAUCACCAGCAGGUAAUUUCUGCUUACAACAAUUCAUACUGUUUUAUUUAAUUCGUUGUUGUUAAAAAAAUGACUGCUUACCAAAAAAGGUAAUCUUAUUUGCUUAGCAUAGACACAUUCGCAUUCCGUAAAAUGGGCUAUAAUGAACUGAAAUUGCAAUUUUGUUUAUAUAUUUGCUUGUUUGUGUGGUUUAUAGUGUCUUAAUCAGAAUUUAAGCUUAAUUUAACCUAGAUACUGGGGUUUUCUUUCUACUAAUCAUCUUAUUAAAUUAGCAAUAAUUUAUGAGAAUAAGAGUUAUAAGACGAGCAAACAAGUACCUUAACAAGAUAAUGUUCCUUCUCACUUACCCAAGGGCAUUUCCAAUAUCUGGGAUCUUUCAUGAUCUAUUUAUUUUAUAUACUUCAUUUAGUGCAAUAGGGGAUAAAAUGAGUUAAUUUAUUGAAUGUACCCAUGGCCAUAAUCACCACCAAUUCCAUGUUUUUUAAUCAUAUAUAUUGUAAGGCAAUAUCAUAUUAGAUGAUGAAUCAAAUUAUUCUCUUCUUGAAACCUCUCUUCUUUUCAUGUUAUAUGUUCUCUUCUAUUUUUUUUUUUUGGUGCUUUGCUCACAUACUUUGCUU